AUGGGUUUCAAUUGCGUGCGGCUCACGUGGGCCACCUACAUGUUCACUCGCUACGCCAAUAUGACGGUGGGUCAGUCGUUCGGGGAUCUGGGAUUGACGGAGGCGAUUUCGGGUCUGGCCAGUAAUAACCCGAACCUGUUGAGCUUGAAUCUGGUGGAUGCUCGGAAGGCGGUGGUUGAAGAGAUUGGUAGACAUGGGAUCAUGAUGGUGCUUGAUAACCAUGUUAGCAAACCCAUGUGGUGCUGCGGGGACCGCGACGGUAAUAGCUUCUUCGGCAGCGUAUACUUUGAUCCUGAUGAAUGGUUGCAAGGCCUCGCCAUUGUUGCUAACAUCUUCAAGGAUACGCCCAUGGUGGUAGGCAUGAGCUUGCGCAACGAGCUACGCGGCCCCUUACAGAACGUGGAUGUAUGGUACAAGUACGUAGAGAAGGGUGCAAAGACGAUCAACAGCGCAAACCCAAACCUCCUGGUAAUCAUCUCGGGACUGAGCUACGAUCUGGAUUUCAGGUUCCUAAAGCAGAGGUCAUUGAAGCUGAAGACGAUGAAGAAGAAGGUGGUUUACGAGACGCAUCGCUACGCGUUCACCGAGGGGCAGUCGAAGGCGUGGGUGGCAGGGCCAUUGAACAAAGUGUGUCACGACAUCACACGAGAGAUGGAGGAGAAGGAAGGGUUUUUGGUUAGAGGGGGAAAUCCCCUGUUUGUGAGUGAGUUUGGGAUUAACCAAAUGGGAAAUUCUGAGGCUGACAAUCGUCACUUGCCGUGCAUGCUUUCGUAUUUGGCUGAUUUGGAUUUGGAUUGGAGUGUUUGGGCUCUCCAAGGAAGCUAUUACCUUAGGGAUCGGCAUCAUGGUCCUGAUGAAACAUAUGGCAUGUUUACUGCCAAUUGGACUGCCCUUAGAAAUCCCAAUUUCCUCUCGAAAUUGCAGUUUCUGCAACAAAAGCUCCAAGAUCCGAAGUCAAGCGAACCAACUUAUCACAUAUUGUACCAUCCACUAAGCGGGCGAUGUGCACGAGUGAUCGACGAUCAAAUACACAUGAGCGAUUGCUUGGGUGCGAGUCGAUGCAUCCAAGAGGCAGAUGGGAAGCCAAUACAGAUGAUUGGGUCUUUGAAAUGCUUGGCAGUUGUUGGGGAAGAUCUUCCCCUCACCCUCUCCACAAUCUGCAAUAAUGAUGGGCAAAGUAAUAAUACAUGGAGCUUGGCUUCCAAUUCAAUGUUUCAACUAGCUAAUAGGGGUGACAAUGGAUUGGUAUUGUGCUUGGAUUUCGAUUCCUCGUACUCCUCCUCGACGAUUUUGACAAGGAAGUGUGUUGGUUUGGAAGAGGGUGACAUGAGAAAUCCUCAAACUCAAUGGUUUAAGCUCAUUGCAUCGAAUACAAAGUAG